GCCAUAUGAAACCACGUUAUUUUCUUUCUUGAUUCCGUGUUUUUCUAAGUUAUUUUUUGUGAAAAUGGGAGAUUUCUCAUCAUUUGAUAUUGAGAUGUUGCAAAAGAAUGCACCAUACAGUGCUCCGUUCGUUCAGCCACAAAACAGGCAAUUUCCCCCGCAUUUUAUCCCUCAGCAGCCGUCAAUGUACGGGGCUCGAGGAUCCACAAUUCCGCCGAGAUUUCUUCCCCAAUAUCAGCCUCAAUUUUCCCGGAGGGGUCGCUUCAAUCCCUACAACCAGCCUAGGAAUGAGAUUUGGUGCGAAUCCUGCGACAGGAGUUUCUUCAGCCCAGCUAAAUUCGCUCAGCAUCAGGCAGAACACAAGAGAGGAAAAAUUAAUGAAGUCAACGAAUUACAUGCUGAAGUGAAGAAUCUGGACUCUGCGGAGGAUAUUGCGAAGUGGAGAGAAGAGCGCCGCAAAAACUACCCAACUGCCAAGAAUAUUGAAUUGCGGAGAAAAGCACAGGAGGAGCAAAUGAAGAGAGGGGAGCGGAUAACAGAGCGUAAAUCUCGUUUUGGUCAGCGGAAUCAGGUGAAAAAUUCCAGAAACUUUGGUAGAAAAAGGAAUCACAGGGAGAAAAGAGAAAGGAGACAGGAAGAACCAUUGCCGGUGAAGGAUGAGGAAUUUAACAAUCAAGGCGUGAGCAUGUUCAAGGGAACAGCUGAAUUGGAUGACUAUGCUGAAGCUAAAGACAAUCCUCUGACCAAACUUCUCGGCAUGUAUGAAAGUUCGUCUGAUAGCGAACCAGAUGAAGGUUCUGAACAAUCUACUGAUAAAGAACCAUCUUCAACGCUUUGUGCACUGCCGACAGAACCUGAACAUCUUCCAGAGCCCUCGGAAUCAUCGACAGGAAUUGUUGAUAAACCUAAAGUUGAGAAAUCCAAACCGCCUAGAAAGAACGCGCGAAAAAACUUUCCCUCCCAGCCAAAGGAGACAAGAGUUUAUGAGGGAUUGAACUACGAAUUCCUCAAUCGCAGACAGCCACCAACGAUGCUUUCUCGUCUCCUCGAGAAGGAUAUUCGACAUGAGAGAAAUGUCCUUCUUCAGUGCGUUCGAUUUGUGGUUGAAAAUGACUUUCUCGAUACUGAAAAAUGAGUACUAUAAAUAAAUUGAUUUAUUAAAUAUUUGAA